GCUGCCAAGUUCCUAUCCGCCCGCGGCCUUCAGCCCGCUUCUAGUUCUUCGUGAAGCUGAGGUUCGGUAGCUUCAAGGCCCCCAAAUUUCGAGAAUCGAAAGCUACCUGCCGCCUUGACCGUGGUGGGCCAACGCCAUCCUCUGCGAAGAAGCUGCUGGGACGUUAGGGUGUCCCUGGCGCCCCGCAACAGGAUGGCUGCUGUCAGGUCUCGCCGUCCUUCAGGCUGGUGUUUGAAGUCGGCUGCCCCGCGAGCAGUUUUGCUGCGCCGCUGGCGGGAGACCAGUCUGAGCUCUUCCCUGCUCCUCCGCUCUCCAAUUGUUCAAUGUACCAGUGAAGGAGAAUAUUUGAAGCUCAGGGUUGAAAUGAGGGUCCUUUGUGCUCUCUGAGCUUGCUUGUUUUCUUGCAGAUGUUUCAUUACCCUAACUUUAAUGUUCAAUACUUUUAAAGUCAUAGGACAGCCGCCCCUCGGGUCUUGACCGGCUCGCUCUGAUCUCCCAUUUUGUCGGUUGCUUGGCCAUGAAGCCAAAUCAAAAGAGGGCCCUCUUGAUUGCUAGGGCUGGUUUGUAGAAGUGCUUUUCUAAUUGGCUACUACGGUAUAAGGUGGUGGACCAACUCCCAGAAUUCCCCAUCCAGCAUGCUGGCUGGGGAAUUCUGGGUGUUCACAGAAUAACAGUUGGAAGAGACCUUGGAGGUCUUAUAGUCCGACCCCCUGCUCAAGCAGGAAACCCUGUACCAAGUCCAACUGGCCAAGUUUAUAAAACUGCUUUAAAACAAAAGGGCUGAUUCAUUCAAAGAAAUUUUAAAACACCCUGGCUGCUGUACUACUUUUCUCUCAGUUGUGCUCCUUUCCCAGUACACCAACCAUUAAAGAAGGAACUUGCGGAUGCUAAAGCAGCAAUGUGCUGCCCAUUUUCUCUGCUGCCUCCUGCUCUUGUCCGUUCCAGCAUUGAGCAUGGUAAAGAAGAAUACUAUCCCUGAUGGAUGGAGGAAUGUAUCACCAGUUGGACAGCCUAUACCAGGAACUCGAUUCAUUGCUUUUAAAGUACCCUUAAAAGGGGUAAUCAAUCAUCGACUUACACCAACUCAAAAGUUUACACCAAAAGAUCUGAUUGCUGCAGUGAAAGCUUUCAAUAUGGAGCUUGGUUUAAUCAUUGAUUUAACAUAUACAACAAGAUACUAUGAUAUCAAGGAUUUGCCCAAAAGUAUGGAGUAUAAGAAACUUUUUACUGUAGGACUUGAAGUCCCAGAUGAUCCUACUAUUCUACAGUUUAAAAAAUGGGUCAGAAAAUUCCUGUGGGAAAAUGCAGACAAUGAGAAACUCAUUGGAGUACACUGUACUAAUGGAAUUAAUAGAACAGGUUAUCUUAUAUGCAGAUAUCUUAUUGAUGUUGAAGGUUGGGAUCCAGAAACCGCAAUCCAAGCUUUUGGAGAAGCACGUGGUCACCAUAUGGAUGGUCAUAUAUAUUUGACAGAUCUUAAAACUCAACCAAUGAGAAGCAACCUGGGGAUGAAUAUGUGGGAUGCUGAUGGAGAUAUUGUGCCACUGCUAAAUGAUGUAGAUGGACAUAUUGAUCGAUUUCCAAGUGAAGAAUAUUCUAGGCCUGGUAAAAGACCAAGAGUUUAUGAUGAUAGCCCCAAUGAUUUUCCAAAACAGAUCCGAUUGAGAGAAUUUGAUUUUAUUAAUAAGGGUCCUGGGCAACGUCGAAAACCAUAUCAUGAUUACCAUUUUCAUGAUGACAUCCAGCCACUGCCACAAAUGAGACAAAGGCAUUUCCCUGACCACCAGUUUCAUGAUGACUACCAAGAAGAAAUGCAGAUUAAAGAUUUAAAAUUUAGUACAAGAGGAUCAAGACACAGAUUUCAAUCUUUUCAAGACCACCAGCUUGAUAAUGACUUUCCAGGAAAUGUAUCAGGUGGAGACAUUAAUAUGGACUAUAGUCAAAGGCAUAGACAUUUUGCUGACACUCCUUGUUAUAACCAUAGACCGACAGAUAACCAGCUCAAUGGAGGGCGAGGACAAAGACGAAGACCAUUUUACAAUCGGCAGUCUAGUGAUGAUUUUCAGUCACCCUUGCAGGACAAAAAUCAGUUGUUCCUGAACAAGAGACCUAUGGAAAGACUAAGACUGUUUCAGAACUGUCCUGUUCAUGAUGAUGUCCAGCCACCUGCAGAAGAUUUUGAGUAUGUUGCUAGAGAGUGUGGACAAAGAAUUGUACCUUUCCUUGACCAGCAGCAUUACAGCGAAUUACGAAGAAAAUUGUCAUUAGAACAUUUUGAUGAUGAAGAUUCCAAUGGAAGAAGUAGACCAUUCCAUGAUAAUCAAUCAUACUGUGAUUUUAGUGAGAAGUCACAGAUGCAAGAUUUCCAAAACAGGGGACCUGAACAAAGGCUGAAUUCUUUUAAUGAUCAUUCAACUCACAUUAAUGAGUCAUACGAGGAAUAUUCUGAAAGAAGCCAUCGUUUUCCUUCUCAUGAGUACUACACAGAGUCUCCCAUACUUCAGAGAGAUUAUGGAUCUGAUAAAGAUAAUUAUAGUAGAACUUGCAGAUCUGAUCGCCUUGACAAUUACAGGAAAAUCCAUCCUUCAGAUGUAAUUAACAGAGAAGGAAAAGCUAGAUUUGCACCAUAUUCUUCUUACCCAACCCUUCACUCUUCAUCUUCACAUCAGGAACUGAGUUCAGUCUCAUUGCACAGUGAAAGGGAACAUCAGCAUGAAAUUAAGGGAGAGAUGAGCCAGGGGAAAAAAUUACCGGUUGUAACCAUUGAUUAUAAUUAUGGCUUGCCUUUGGACUAUGCUUCUGAAGAGGAAGAUAGAGUUCAUUAUGACCCACGCACAACAGAGCACUACAUUUUGAAAUGAAUUGGACAUGUACCUGCAUGCAUUAUUUUAUUUUAUUCCUGUAAAUUGACCAAAUUACUGCUGAGGUUAAAAAAAACUUCAUUAUCAUUCAACGUUACAAAAAAAUAUCGGUAACAAGUCUAGUUCAUUUUUUUCUUAUUUAAAUGAUAAAUAAUUGGUUAAAUAUAUGUGAAAACAAUGCCUGAUUUAUGUAAAAUAAAACUAGAUUCUCAUUCAUGAGACUGAACAAUCAUAACCAUGAACAAAUUGUUCUCGCUGCUUUCCUCAACAUUUGUAUAAAGUGUUUCAGCUAAAAUAUAGUAAAACAAUUGGAUUACUGAUUUUGAUAUAAUGUUACUCUAAAAUAAAGUAGGAUUUGAAAGGAAUGCAAAAUAUAUAAAGAUAAAUUCAAUUCUGGUAAUGUGGCUUAUUCUUUUGAUAAUAAUAAUCUAGAUUUUUCAAUAUUUCUUUUGAAAAAUGUGCAUGUAAAUAUUGUUUCAGGAAAAAAACCUGUCACACUAGAAAAAAAACAAUAAACUUGAGAUUUGUGUUC